GCAUUGAUCAGACACACGCGCGCAGACACAUGCACACACACACUCACCGACCCAGCCUCCCACUCCUUUCAUCAUUGAUUCGCCCUGCUCUUCCCUCUUCUCUCGCUCUCUCUCCUCUAUAUUCUCUUGCUCCUCUCUUCCCUCUGUACAGCAGCACUUGUUGAAUUCAGCCCUCAGAGAGUAGAAAGCAAGGAGAGAUAAUGAUAAGGAGGCAUUGAGACGGGGCUGGAGCAGACCGCGAGCAGAGAGAAUGGGGUCUUGGAGGACACAAAGAUAGGAGGCAGGAAGAGGAGAAAAAAAAAAAAGUCAUAGAAGCUUCUCUAAGGCAGACACUUUAGGUGAAAGCGGGAGCUGGCCAGACAGAGGGGAAACAUCAGAGUGCUCUUCUUGCUGUCUGUACUACUCCUCAUCUGUCCUGCUCCCGACUCUGCUUAAAGCAGAAGACUCAGAACUGUCUGUGCUAACGGUGAGCAGUAUUUCUGCGUGUUAGCAGAGGAAAAGUUAUGAUGUGCUGGUUUCCUCCAGAUGUCUUUCUUGGUGGAAGAGUGAAAAUCUGAAAGCCCAUCUUCCUCUCCCCCUUCAGCCAACAUGUCCCAGCUGCUCCAUGUGGAGAUCCCGAAUUUUGGAGCCACGGUUCUGGGCUCCCUCAAUGAGCAGCGACUGCUGGGACAUCACUGUGACGUAUCCAUAUUGGUAAAAGGUCAGGCUUUUAAAGCCCACCGGGCCGUUUUGGCAGCCAGCAGCCUCUACUUUCGUGACCUCUUCAGCAGCUCAACCAAGACCCAGUUUGAGUUGCCUUCCUCAGUCACACCUGCUUGCUUUGAGCAGAUCCUCACAUUCUGCUACACAGGGAAGCUAACGAUGGCAGCGAGCGAACAGCUGGUUGUCAUGUACACAGCUGGCUACCUCCAGAUUCAGCAUAUAGUUGAACGAGGCAUGGACCUAAUGUUUAAGGCAAGCUCACCUCACUGUGACUCGCAAACUGCAGGGUCCUUGGAGGAGACGGGAUCGGAGCCGCAGAGUCCUCUCAAUAAUGGUAUUGGCCUAUCAGUAGCCAGCGUUCUGGGAACCCAAAGCUGGUCUACGUCGUCCCUACUCUUGCCGCAGCGUAAAAUUAAAAUAGAAGUGGGUGACCCAACACCGAUUUCCACACCCUCAACACAAACCAAGAUUUCGACCUCGGAGCUGGGGAGCCGGUUGGCCAGGGCCUUCUACACAGCAGCUGGAGGGCCUGCCAUUCCUGGUAUGCCUACCUUCCACCUUCAAGGAACCACUGGAGGCGGAGCCGGGAGCGGGGCGGGCGGAGGAACAGGUGCUGAAAGGUCCAGCCCAGGAGAGUCGAGCCUUCCCACCACAGACAGCCCCACAUCCUACCAGAAUGAUGACGAGGAGUUUGAGGAAGAGCCUUAUGACGGGAUCACAGAGGACGCCUACAGUCAGAUCUAUGGACGUCCCACUAACCCCUAUGGGAUCCAGGACAAGCCAGAGUUGGCAGCAAUGCCAUUGGCCUUGGAAAAUCGCAACUGCGUGCUCAUCCGCAGAGACCUGGUAGCACUUCCUGCAAGCCUCAUAAGCCAGAUUGGCUACCGCUGCCACCCUAAGCUCUACACUGAGGGGGACCCAGGAGAGAAGCUGGAAUUGGUCGCUGGAACCCAGGUGUUCAUGACACGAGGCCAACUCAUGAACUGCCAUCUGUGUGCCGGCAUCAAACACAAAGUGUUGCUCCGUCGCCUCUUAGCCACGUUCUUUGAUAGAAACACUCUGGCUAAUAGCUGUGGGACAGGCAUCCGCUCUUCUACAAGUGACCCAAGCAGAAAGCCCCUGGACAGCAGGGUCCUCAAUGCUGUGAAACUCUACUGUCAAAACUUUAACCCUAACUUCAAGGAGAGUGAAAUGAAUGUGAUCGCUGCUGACAUGUGCACAAACGCAAGGCGGGUCCGCAAGAGAUGGCUCCCAAAGAUCAAGUCCAUGCUGCCUGACGGCAUGGAAGUGUACCGGGCGGGCAUGGGCAUGAGUGCUGCUGCCGCCGUUGGUCUGAACCUAGCCCUGGGCGCCCCUCAGUCAGGAGUUUCCCUUUCCUUCGAGCAUGAUUUGAAGAGCCUAGAGCAACGGUUGUAUCCAGAUCGCAAGGACCCUCUCAGGACUCAUGCGGCCAGCCCCGGCACAGGGUCGGCUGGGGCAGAAGCCGAGGGUGAAGGCGAAGCAGCAGUCCAGGAGGAUCAGGAGGAGGAUGACGACGAAGCUGGAUCGGAGGGACCAGACCGAUCACUGGGGGCGCCAAUUUUGGUGUCGGUGGUCGGAUCAGCAGACACGCCCCCCGAGCAGGGGGCGGAAAGUUUUGGACAAAAUCUGAGGUUGAACGGACAGUGAAUGUCCCUCCCCCAUGUCAUGAAAUGCGUCUAACACUCACAUUUACUUCUUCUUGCCGUCUCGUCCGUCACUCUUUCCUCUCCUCCGUGCAGGAAAAUUUUGUUCUCCACACACAAAGCUGCACUCGCAACUUUUAUCAGACAAAAAAAGUUGGCCACACAUGCAUGCGCUCGUGUGUGCUUGUGUAUUUGCAAACUUACAUGCAGUGAAAUAAAAAGAAAAAAGAAGAAAAAGAAAGAAACGGCUAUUAAAAGCAUACACAGGCAUGGCAUUAGUCAGUUCGGGUCCAAGUAUGUAUUCAGCACUUGGGGCGUCUGCAGCAUUAUUCCAAAAGGUCAAAUAACAAAACAGAUGGCUGUAAUGAUUCAUCAUAUCAGUGCGACACCACCAACAGCUGGUUUGCAGCAGGUUGUAGUUUGCAGUGUAAUAUUAUUUCAUAAAGUGACUUGGGGAAAAUUGUAUUUGAGAAACACAGCUCUACAGCAAGACCACUUUGCAUCCCAUUACUAUUCAUAUAGAAUGUACUGUGAAAGGCUUGCCUAGAAAAUAAGAAACCUUUGGCUUUAUUUUACCAUGUAUUGCUUUGCCCCAGUAUCAUACCCCUUGAACCUGUCCAUUUUUAUUUUGUCACAGCAACAAACUUUAUUGAAUUUUAUUUGGAUUUUUUGUGACAGACCAACAAAAAGCAGUGCAUUUAUGUGAAUCGAGUUUGAGUCAAUUCAACAUGUGAAGAAAAUGUUGAAUUGAAUUGAAUUAGGGUUUUCUACUAAUUUUAAGCAAAUGCAUUUUUUUAUUCACCCCCACACCUGAGUCAGUACUUCCUGAACUUCACUGUAAUUUCAGAUGUUCUGAGCAGCUUUGCACAGCAAGACUGAAAGUUCUUGUCCUUUUUUUUCCCUUUGAAAAGAAAGUCAUUUACAGUUAGUCAUUUGCAGAAAUGACUAACCGGGAUUUUUGUGACCCAAAUUUAUCAAAUUGAAUUGAGAGGAUUGAGAAUAUUUUAGAUUUUCUUCUCUUUUUUUUGCUUAAAAUUGAGCAUCGGUUUCUUGUGUGUGAUUGCACCUCACAAUCACACACGACUCUGUGCUGAUUGGUUACAUAAAUUCCCUAUGAAAUACAUUGAAAGUUUGCAGUAUUACAUGAUAUUAUUACGACAUGGAAAAGUUCAAAAGGUAUUGAUACUUUUACAACACACUGUGUUGUGUCACUUUUAUGAUGAAAAUUACAAAAAUAUUAUUUUCCGCAAUUACUGAUUUUUUUUAUUUUUUUUCCCCCAUAACUCUAAGAACAAAGGCAACAUAACAAAUCUAUCACACAUAUUUGUUGUUUUCUCGUGCAUAUCUAGUCGGACAUAUCGGACAAGACUGUCAAUGUGAUGCCUGUGUCUGCUCCAGACCACACCUCUCAAGCCGCACAUAUGUACAUGCAAAUAAACACACAAACACUCGCUCAUUCAUCAUUACACUUCUGUAAUCCAAGUGUUUAAUGUACUGAUGUAAUCAAAUUGCACACUGUCCAAAAGAAUAUGUUGCAGUGCUUUCUAACUCCAAAAAUCACAAAAUUCUUGGAGAUGCAGAGACAUAAAUAAAAAAACACGGGAUAAUGUCAAGACUUGCAUGCAUAAAUCCAAACAAUGGCUGGAAAUAUUUGCUAAAGAGAACGGCAAAGUCCCAUUUCUGUAUUGAAAUAAGGUAACAGAUACUUUUGCCUGGAGCUGUGAUGUUUAAAAACUAGAAGCACUUUUUCCGUCUCUUUCUGGAAAAAGGCCGCCAAACGUUACAAAUGAUCUUGAUGUAAUUCUGCUUUGACUGUUUCUGACAUCGAAUUAGUUUGAGUUUGUUGUUGUUGUUUUUUUUUUUUUAUUUGUACGAAUUCUGAAGAGUGUAUUGUCCACUUAAACGGAGAAGAGUGAAUAUAUGAAGUGCACUACACUGAAAAAAACAAAAGCAAUGCCAGAGAGGAGUACUGUUCCACCUUCAUGAGGUGUUGUAAAAUGUACCAAGUCAAUUCUGUCCUGUUUCCAUCCUGUUUUUGUUGUUGGUUUGAUUUCUCGCUCUCCAAUGGGGAAAUGAGUUGGUGGUUAAAUUAUUUAAAGAAAACUUUUAAGAGCAAAUUACGCCGGUUUACUGCGUUUGCACUCAAGAGAGUUGAGCGAGUGGGGGGGAAGCCAAGGAUUCUGGAAAAGCGGCUCCUGCAAAAGACUGCAAAUCGCCACCACAUUACCCUGAUUACAUAGUCAAUCAGGCACUCUGUGGGCUCAGAUAGAAACAACGGGUCUCUAUUGACGAUGACUGUUUCUGUGUUUUGUUGGAAGGGGGGGGGAUUGAGGCCAUGCAUUCGUCAAGCUUGUUUUCUGUUUUUGAUGUCCGUUUUCACGCUUGUUGCCAUUGCCAUGCAUAGGACCCAGUCCAAAGAGCCUUUCUUUAUAGUUUUUCUUUCAUGCAUUGAUUUAAAAUGAUGCACUGUUGAAUGUCGCCCCUUGUUCUUUGCUUGUUUCAGUCAGCAGUCGAAGAACAUUCAAUUACAAAAGUAGACCGUAAAUUUAAAUUUUUAUCACAAAUAUUCUUAAAAAAAAAAAAAAUGUGGUGAUUGCACAAGUGAGGUUAAGGAGGUUUAAGGAGAUGCUCCCAGUAUGUUUGAUCUGUUAUGUACUUUUUCAGUGAUGUGCCACUUUAGAGGUCGGGCCAAAUUUUUCUCCGUCUUUGACAAGUAUAUCUUGGAUCUUUAGGGUAAGCUUUUAGAUAGCCCUGCAUAUAAAAAAAACAGGGUGAGGAUUGCACUAUAGGUAAUGUUCAUAACGUUUACAGUUGAUUUCUUUUUUUUUCUAUUUUCUAUUUUUCCCCCUUUGGGAAGAACUGUAAUCUGCCCCAGAUAAGCCAGGGUUAUGAAUGGCCAAGAUGAUGGUUGAAUGUAAAUUGUAGCAUUGCUAUGGUGAGGGUCACAGUCUUUUUUUUUUAAAAUAUAUGAUAUAGUAAAUUAUUGAAUCUCUUUGUUUAGUAUGUGGCUUCAUUUUUUUUUAUUGAUAUAAAUUGCAAACUUAAAAAAAUGAAAUUUAAAGUUAACUUUACUGAUAGUGAUGUUUUUGCAUAAAUAUUUUAAAAUUGAUACAAACAGGUCUUCCAGUGUGUUGAAGCACAGGCAGCAGUAUCCUAAUAAGUGUAAAACUGAGGUUUGUUUCAGUUACUCCACAUGAUUUUAAAUAUGCUCAUCUAGUGGUGAAAUGAAAAGAUUGACUAAAUUAUAGCAUCAUCUUGUCUAAUUUAUUUGAUGUUGCUCUUGUGAGGGAAUAAAUAUUACUUUUUUUGUCUAUUGGGUUCCCCUCUUGUUUUGUCAAAUAAGCUAGCUGUGUAAAAAUUAAAUAAACAGUUAAAAACAAAUACAUUUACGUUGAAAGGCAAGCCACCUUAAAAUCAAAACCCACCAUAAUCCCUUAUUAAAUCGGUUAAAGUGGUCCUAGUUAAAAAGAUAUUGAAUCUGCACAAUUAAAUCUGUGCUUUCUCUGACAUGUCUUUAAACGGAAUGCGUUUUUUCUGCAUUCAAUUUAACAGUUUUCAGAGCAGUUCUAAUUAAAAGAGUGCAGUAGCUGUAAGGACCUAGGAAAAUGUGAUAUACUCCAUUGCAGUGAUGAAAGAAGUGUGGAGCAGUGCCUUAGACUGUGAAUGUGGGUCUGUGCCAUAGUAGUUGUUCAGAAACAAACAAGCCAAGAAGGCUGUAAGGAUCAGACUUUUCUCUUACUGAAAUUGUUAUUCUAAACUUUAAAAUUAUGACUCUAACUAUGUUGACAUACUUUAGCUGACUUACUUUCUUUCAUGUCAUUUUUGAAUGUAAAAACUUUGCUCCCUUUAUUAGGGUCACUGUGUUUAUUUAAGCUUUUAUUUACAAUAAGACCGGUUCCUUCUCGGACACCCUUGCAUGCUGAGCAAAACGGGGAAACCUAUCAAAUAUAUGUAAAUAAAAUCAGAUGUAGUUGAAUUUGUGCAUCCGCUCAAAUGUGUCUUCCUCUGUAAAACCUCACCUUCACAGUCAGUUUAACUUUUUUUUUUUUUACUUUCCUUUUUAGCUUCCUGGGAUCUUUGAUUUUUUUUUUCUUUUUUCAUCUUGUGCAUGGGGGUAACCGGGUGAUGUUGCACUUUAAAAUGAGAAAUUCUCAGAGAAUGUCAUGGCUAACCUAUGAGAGAAUGAGCUCCGUCUGAGGUGCUUAAUAGAAAAAAAAAAAGGUAAAAUAACGUGUAUGAUUUUUACAUGUUUCUCCGAUGGAAACCAGUGUCAUGUUUACUGUGAGCUCAAAUGAGAAACAGGAUGGGGUUGGUGGCUGGGCAGAAACCAUUUUUUUAUUAUUUUGUUCAAAACUUUUUUUCUCUUCUUUUGGCUCUCUGCCUCUUUUACUGUAAAAAUAAUGGGCACUGUAAUAGUUUUUUAUUUUUUUUUGCUCUGCUGAAAGGUUAACCCUGAAAAUUAUACACUGAUAUGCAAAAAUUACACUUGUAUCAUAAAAUGCAUGCCAUUCAGAUGUUCACCCUGACCCGAUGAAACCUCUGAUCUUUAUGCACCCUGUAUUUUAUGCUGAAUAACUGUUUUCACUGUUUGCAAGCAGAGACUUGAGUCGUCUUGCAGUCGACGGGGCUGUAUUUAUUUUUUUUUAUCAUACGCCCUGGCCUUUCAUUGAAUGUUUGCAUAAAAUGUAAUCUCUUUCAUAAUCGACAGCAAAAUACUGAUUAAGAGCGGCAUACAUGAACUAACUACCCAGUUUGAGUGUGCAUCUAAAUCUUCAGAGACUAAGAAAAGAAAUGCACUGAAAAGUUUGUGCGUGUAUGUCUGUGUCCUCGAACAUGAUGCCAGCACUUUAGAACUACUUAGAAAACCGAAAGAAAAGAAUAAAAAUAAAUAAAAAAAUAAAAACAUCAAGGGCGACCAAGGCUACAGGCAACAGACGAGUAGAUGCAACUUUUAAAGCCAUGUGUUCAGAGCGCUGACAAUCAGAAAAGGGAUGAGGCCCACAGUGCACUAUGGGGGAUGUGAAAUGACUUGCUGUGCUUUUGCUAUUUGCUUUUGUCUUUCAGCUCGUUUCAUUCUGUACUGGCUUACUUUCAGAAUGGAGGGUCGAUGGUGUCAACUGCAGCCUUCUUGGUUUUAUGUGUGUGUGUAUGUGUGCGUGUUUGCAGCAAGGACUGACUCAAACCUUGGUGCUCAUUGGGCAGAGCUGUCCUCAGUUGGCAUGGACCUUAUCUGUCAUUCUCUGGGCUUUUUGGUGACCUGAUGAUGGACGACAACACAGAUGUUUCAAAAGAAAAAAAAAAGAGAGAGAAAAAAAGAAAGAUGUUAUCAUGCAACUGCAUUUUUGAUCAUCAUGUUGGUUCUGACUAUCAGCAGGCAAAUUGGUAUGAGGCUAUUUUAGUGUUGAUACUGCUUCAUAAAAGAGACAAAAUGUUGAAAUGUUUAUGCGCCUUCUGACUCUCAAGCAUCAAUAAUAUAUACUGGAAAUGCAAGUUGCCACUUUCGAUGUUGCAGAUGAAUCUCUUUCAUUCCCAUCGUUGUAUUAUGGGUUUUAAGUUGUGUAUUCAAAGAGUACCUUAUUUCUUUAAAUGCAAUACAAAAACAUGUCUGCUUUCUAAUAAAAAAAGUCCUUACUUCACCAUG